AGGAUUUCGUGGCGCCUCCUGAGUCAAGCUCGGCGCCAAUAAAAAGUGCAGGCCCAAAGAGGCAGUAUCGGCAGGAGAUUCCAGGCUCUGACUGGAUAACGAAUCGAUGGAGGUUCUGGGCCUUUGAUGCCCAUCUGUGCACCGUCAAAUGGAUGAUCUUUUUUUCUUCUUUUUUCCUAUCUUUCCUUCAUUUUUCUGCAUGCGCCCGAGCCCCGACGCGCGAGGCCAUGCCAUAUUGGCUCAGCACCGCGAACAGUUAGCCAUGAUCAGCCCAAAGCGCUCAGCGCCAUCACCGCCAACAAAAAAGCCGUGGCCCAAGUGCGCCCUCCCUGCUGCAUCCGUCUCCACACACAAGUGUGUGCGUGAUGUGGUGGGUGGCGGCAACCGAAUCAGCCACGGUCCGUGCUAAAACUGGGGGCUACUGCCCCUCGCCGGCACGUCAGACCCCCAAACUCCGACAUCAGGCGCUUCGACUUCGGGAUUCCCGUGCUCCCUUCUCAUUUUCCUGCUCCCUUUUCGCGCCUAGAAUUCGACCAGCGUGAAGAAGCACCAGAUAAGUUUUCCUAGACUAAAACCGGUCGGUGCAUUGUUUUUCUUUUCUUCUUCUCUUCUUCUUCCGUGUCUUCUCGCGCAUCGCCCUCAUCCCAUUUCCGCUUUUCAUUUCCUAAAGUUGUGCAUAUAUUCCUCGCUUGUUCCAAUCUCCGUCUCCGUUUGGCCUUCCUCGUCCUGCUUGAUUUUUCGUUUCCUUUUUUGCCGCCCUUCCCCAGUCAGGCAGCCCAGGUUUUUCGGUUUGCCUGCACCUACUAUUGAUCUCGUCCAAGGCACCUUCCUGGCUCUUGUGUAACACUUUGGCCCGUUCCUGCCUCCAAUUUCCAACCACGACAGCCCACACUUUCGAGGCAGACCUGAACCGUCCUACGCCAUCUGCCCGACCACUCCGCUGCCCGCCCAUUUCCACUACAGCCCUCUUCCAGCGGCCCCGACACCACACCCCACGACCGCCGACGCAGCCAGCUGCACUUCUCGUACAGUGUCCCACCUCUAUCGGCCAGCCCAGCGAGGCCGAACCCUACUGCCGCAACCCCGCCCCGACCUGGGACGGCAGAGCACACCGCCCUCACCCGAGCGAGACGACGAGACACACUCCCAUACCAGCAGCAAUGAGUCGACCCGGGGCCGGCGCGAGGCAGCGCCUCAUGACGGAGCUGGCGAGCCUGCAGAAGGAGAAGUGGGUGAACUUUGAGGACGACACAUCGAACCUGUUCAGGUGGCGCUUUGCUCUGAUGGUUAUCAACCCAGACUCGGCCUUCAAUGGCGGAUAUUUCAGGGCUGAAAUGUCCUUCACCGAAGACUACCCGUACUCGCCGCCCAAGUUCAAGUUCCUGAUACCAAUCUACCACCCAAACAUCUACCCCGACGGCCAGCUGUGCAUCUCGAUCUUGCACAAGCCCGGCGAGGACCUCAUGUCGGGCGAGGAGGCGAGCGAGCGCUGGUCCCCGCUGCAGGGCGUCGAGUCGGUCCUCCGCUCGGUCCUGCUGCUGCUCGACGACCCCGAGAUCAACUCGCCCGCCAACGUGGACGCGAGCGUCCUCUUCCGCGACAAGCGCGACGCCUACAACCAGCGCGCCCGCGACACGGUCGAGCGGUCCAAGAACCACGUCCCGGCCGGCUUCGUCAUGCCGACGAGCUUCGAGGCCGCCCCGCCGCCCAAGGUCGAGGACGACGACGCCUUUUGGGCCCAGAGCGACGAGGACGACUUUGACUUUGGCGGCAGCGACACGGACGACGACGCCGAGGCCGAGUUCGAGGAUGGCGAGGGCGAGGGCGAGGAGGAUGAUGAAGAGGAGGACGACGAGGACCGGGCCGACCGGCAACGCAAAUCUGGUGACAGAUGAGCGGCGUCGUCGCCUCGCAAGAACCUCAUCUGUGGACCAACUAAUACAGGGGCUGGUCGGGGCGAAUCUCACGCAUUGGAACAACUAACACGCUUUGUUCUUGUGUUCACCGCACCUAUUACGCGCCGCUCUCAGCAAAUCCGGUUUCGCUUUCCCUGAUUUCCUAACUCUCAGAAACCCAAGUCAGCUUUGUUUUAUGAACCCUACUUAUUCCUUCGUACAUGGUAUGGCGUCAUCCAAGAUUCAGCACGAGCCAGUCGAUGACAGAGAAACACGGCGUUGUGGGAGGUCGACAUAUAUUGGGACGGGUUUUCUGCCUUCUCAGCCUCAUGCCUUGCGUCUAUUUUCCUGACCAAUAUAUCCCAUUUCUCCCUUCCAA